CGCUCGGCACCACCCUUGCUCAUUCGAGUUCUCACCGUCUUGAUAUAAGCCAUUACUGUCCAGUGAGAGGCGCCUUCUCAUGCAAUCCCCGUCUCGCUCCACGUAAAGCACUCUUCUCCACCUCAUCUCGCGCAAUGGUUGCCACCAAAAUUGAUGGCACCGCCAUCGCCAAGAAAAUCCGGGAGAGGUUGCACGCAGAAAUCGCUGAGAAGCAGGCGAUAAACCCGAGGUACAACCCGUCGCUCAAGAUCAUUCAAGUUGGUGACCGACCUGAUUCUUGUACGUUGACCGCCCACUGGGAGAGGAUUUGUUCUCACUCCAUCUUCCCCCAAGCUGACCAUAUAUCCCUCAGCCACAUAUGUUCGCAUGAAGUUGAAGGCCGCCUUGGAGGCGGGCAUCCAAUGCGAGAUUCUCAAGUUCGAGGAAUCCGUCGCCGAAGCCGAGUUGCUUGCCCGGGUCUUUGUGCUCAACAACGACCCUGACACCCACGGGAUUCUGGUCCAGCUCCCCUUGCCCAAGCACAUCGAUGAGUAUGUCGUGACCUCGGCUGUCGCCGAUGAGAAGGAUGUCGAUGGCUUCGGCACCACCAACAUUGGCGAGUUAGCCAAGCGUGGCGGCCACCCGCUCUUCACCCCCUGCACCCCCAAGGGCGUCAUGGUCCUCCUAGAGGAGACCGGCGUCGACCUCCGGGGGAAGAACGCCGUCGUCAUCGGCAGGAGCGACAUUGUGGGUAGCCCGGUCAGCUAUCUGUUGAAGAAUGCGGACGCAACAGUCACCGUCUGCCAUUCCCAGACUACGGGCCUGCAGGAGCAUUUGAAGCAGGCCGAUGUUGUUGUUGCUGCCAUCGGAAACCCCGCCUUCAUAAAGGGCGAAUGGCUGAAGGAGGGCGUCGUGGUGAUCGACGUCGGGACCAACUACAUCCCAGACUCGACCAAGAAGUCCGGUUCGCGCCUCGUUGGCGACGUCGACUUUGAGUCUGCCUCGCAGGUCGCGUCUUUCAUCACCCCUGUCCCGGGCGGCGUGGGGCCGAUGACCGUCGCAAUGCUGCUGCAGAAUGUGGUGGAUGCCACCACAUCACACUUUGAACAACAAAAGCAGAGGCGGAUUGUUCCCCUACCGCUCAAGCUUGAGUCCCCGGUGCCCUCGGAUAUUGCCAUCUCGAGAGCCCAAACACCAAAGCACAUCACCCGUAUUGCUAAGGAGGUGGGGAUUGCACCAUGGGAACUUGAGCCUUACGGUGCCUACAAGGCGAAGGUCGAUCUCAGCAUCCUCAAGCGCCUGGACCAUCGACGAAACGGUCACUACGUUGUCGUCACCGGCAUCACUCCUACACCCCUGGGCGAGGGCAAGUCGACCACCACAAUGGGCCUCGCCCAAGCCCUCGGUGCUCACAUGGGCCGUCUCACUUUCGCAAAUGUUCGGCAGCCCAGCCAAGGCCCGACAUUCGGUAUCAAGGGCGGUGCUGCCGGGGGUGGAUACAGCCAGGUCAUCCCCAUGGACGAGUUCAACCUCCAUUUGACGGGCGACAUCCACGCCGUCAGCGCCGCGAACAACCUGCUGGCAGCCGCCAUCGAGACUCGCAUGUUCCACGAGGACACACAAAAGGACGGCCCACUGUACAAGCGCUUGGUGCCGGCCAAGAAUGGGAAAAGGCAGUUCGCCCCGGUCAUGUUCCGGCGGCUGAAGAAGCUGGGCAUCGAGAAGACCGAUCCCGACGAGCUGACCGAGGACGAGAUCCGCCGAUUCGCCCGCCUGGACAUAGACCCGGCGACCAUCACGUGGAAGCGGGUGGUGGACGUCAACGACCGGCACCUGCGGGGCAUCACCGUCGGGGCCGCGGCCACGGAGAAGGGCCACACGCGCGAGACCGGGUUCGACAUCUCGGCCGCGAGCGAGUGCAUGGCCAUCCUGGCGCUGAGCACCGACCUGGCCGACCUGCGCGAGCGCCUCGGCAGGAUAGUCGUGGCGACCUCGCGCGGCGGCGACCCGGUCACCUGCGACGACAUCGGGGCGGGCGGCGCGCUGACUGCGCUGAUGAAGGACGCCAUCAAGCCCAACCUGAUGCAGAGCCUCGAGGGCACCCCUGUCUUCGUCCACGCGGGGCCCUUUGCCAACAUCAGCAUCGGCAACAGCUCCAUCCUGGCGGACAAGAUGGCCCUCAAGCUCGUGGGCACGGAGCCCGACGAGGACCACUCCGCCAAGGCCGGGUUCGUGGUGACCGAGGCCGGCUUCGACUUCACCAUGGGCGGCGAGCGCUUCUUCAACAUCAAGUGCCGCGCCUCGGGCCUCGUGCCCGACGUGGUCGUCAUCGUCGCCACGGUGCGCGCCCUCAAGGUCCACGGCGGCGCCCCGCCCAUCUCCCCCGGCGCCCCGCUUGACCCCGUGUACCUGCGCGAGGACGUCGGCGUCCUGCGCCGGGGCUGCACCAACCUCGCCAAGCAGAUCGCCAACGCGCGGUCCUACGGCGUGCCCGUCGUCGUCGCCGUCAACCGCUUCACCACCGACACCGACGCCGAGGUCGCCGCCGUCCGCGAGGAGGCCAUCGCCGCCGGCGCCGAGGACGCCGUCCUCUCCAACCACUGGGCCGAGGGCGGGCGGGGGGCCGUCGACCUCGCCGCCGCCGUCGCGGCCGCGGCCGAGAAGGCGAGGGGCGACGCCGACAGCUUCCGCCUGCUGUACGACUCGUCGGGCACGGUGCACGAGCGCAUCGAGCGCAUCGCCGUGUCCAUGUACGGCGCGUCGGGCGUCGAGCUGGGCGAGCUCGCGCGGCGCCAGGCGGACACGUACACGCGGCAGGGCUUCGGCGGCCUGCCCGUGUGCGUGGCCAAGACGCAGUACUCGCUCAGCCACGACCCGGCGCUCAAGGGCGCGCCCACCGGGUUCGUCGUCCCCGUCCGCGACAUCAGGCUCGCCGCCGGCGCCGGGUACCUGUACGCCCUCGCCGCCGACAUACAGACCAUCCCCGGCCUGCCCACCGCUCCCGGGUACCUCAAUGUUGAUGUCGAUGUCGAGACGGGGGAGAUCCAUGGCUUGUUCUAGGGGGCGGGAGGCGCUUUUCUGUUGUGUGUGUGUUGCGCUCCGAAAACGGGAAGAGAGGUUUGUAGAUCUCGUCUGAUGUCUAGACUCAACGUAAGAGGUUGGAAGAGGGUUAGUUAGGAGGGGCCGUGAUCGGUUAGGAAGGGCACAAUGGGAGCCUGGUACAUGUUUUCAACAACAGGCGUGGCAUGAA